AUGGGCAACGAAUCCUCUACUCCGGUCGACGAGACUACCCGUCCUACAACGCUUCAUGCUCGUAAUGUUGAGGCCGUCGCAAGAUAUAUCAAAGAGAAGGCUGUCAAGAACAUUGUGGUCAUGACCGGAGCAGGUAUCAGUACCAGCGCAGGCAUUCCAGAUUUCCGUUCUCCUGACACUGGCCUAUAUGCCAACCUUGCUCGCCUGAAGCUCCCAUAUGCAGAAGCCGUGUUUGAUAUCUCCUACUUCCGCAACAAUCCAUAUCCAUUCUACACCCUUGCUCACGAACUGUACCCUGGGAAAUAUCGACCUACAGUAACACAUGCGUUCAUCAGUCUACUUCACAAAAAGGGAAGACUCCUGAAACUGUUUACUCAGAAUAUAGACUGCUUGGAACGUGAAGCUGGGGUUCCGGGAGACAUGAUUGUGGAGGCUCAUGGCUCUUUCGCCACGCAGAGAUGCAUCGAGUGCCGGACCGAGUACCCUGAUGAUCAGAUGAAGGAAGUUGUCGGUAGGAAAGAGGUGCCGCGCUGCAUCAACCAAACGUGCGACGGCUUGGUAAAGCCAGAUAUCGUCUUCUUCGGAGAGGCCCUACCCGAAUCGUUCUUCCGCAACCGCAGUUUGCCAGCAAAAGCCGAUCUAGCAAUCAUCAUGGGGACAAGUCUGACAGUGCAGCCAUUCGCCAGCCUGCCCUCGUUCGUCAGGGAGGAUACACCCCGAGUCCUGAUCAACCUGGAGAAAGUCGGUGGUCUCGGUUCACGACCAGACGAUGUGUUGAUGCUCGGCGAUUGUGAUGCGGGCGUCAGGAUGUUUGCAGAUGCUCUUGGCUGGCGGGAGGAGCUUGAAGAAUUAUGGGAGACGACGAACCCCUCGAAGGGUGAGAGGAAGAAGGAGGAAGUGCCAAAGAGUCGCCAAGAGGCCCUGGACGACGAAAUCGAGAAGUUAACUAAGGAUAUUGACCAUUCACUGAAAUUGACAGGUGAGGCAAAUGAAAAGAUGAGGGCAGAGCUGCAAAAUAAUACAUCACUCGACAACGCAGCUCCCAAAACAUCAUCAUCCACAGAUGCUCUUAGUACUCAAGUGAACACCUCGAAAGAAGAGCCUAAUCUCAGACACGUCUUCCCUCAUUUGAAGGAAGAAAAGCGCGAGAAACCCUCUCUUUGA